AUGCAAAUUCACAGAGUUAAAGCGGGAAAAAACAUCAAGCCAGACGCAAGCCGCAAAAGUUCUUCCUCCGAGAUUUUUAUUGAAUAUACACCCGGAAGUAGUGCAACGAAUCAAAAUAUUUACAAUGGAGCAAUAGAAGCUGUAGAUGGUCUCGGAUCAACUGAAAUUCCAACGACUACCGUUGCUGCUCCAACAACCAGAGCAUACAACUCGCCAAUCUUUAAAAAAGAUCCAUACUUGAUUACACAAGAUAUUCUCAUUGUUUUGAAUCAGUAUACUCCACAAGGAAUGGUUGGACUGAAUGCGCUGAAAACGCUUAUUACUACGUUUGUUGACAAUUUAUCUAUUACCAAAAGAAAUGAUACGAUCUAUCAAACACGGCUCUCAUUGGCAUCUGUUACACUUUAUGAACCGUGUUAUUCGGUAUUAGGCGAGUUUUGGGAAAUGAACAGCAGCGACAUCAAGAAUGGACUUCCAAAUAACGGAUUUAGCCAAAGUGGAAAUGUUGACAACGAAAAAGUCACACUGGAAAAAACAUCGAAAAGUUUGCAAAACCAAGGCGUCAAUCUUGGAAUUAUUGGAUUUAAUGUUCAGGAUUUGAUCGAUCAAGAUAGCCGUGGUAAUUUUGUCAGUACAUAUGAUACAAAUUGCACCGAUGAGACAUCAGUUGCUGAUUUUGUAAACCUUUUCUUCUUCCGUGAAAAAGUUCCAGGAUUUUACAAUAACUGGUGCCCGAGUACUCAAACAACCGAUCCAUCAAAUGCGACAAUCAUUCAAGAACCGUCAGAUUAUGCUGGUCCUACUGGCUCUACGGAAUGGUCACCAACCCCACAGAAAGCAAGAUAUUGUGACUUUGAGAACAAGACUUAUCAGAUUUUAAAAAGUAGUGUGACUGAAGAAGAUGGAAUUAUGAAGAUCACAGUUAUCUAUGAAUUAGAAAUUGAGCAAGAUUAUCUUCGUUUCUACGAAGGAUCCAAAGAAAUUGAAAGUUUUACUGGUGUUGAUGUUACUGGAGCGACUUUCUAUUCGUCAGCAUCAACUCUUAACAUAAAAUUCACAUCAGACAACAAAGGCGUAUUCGGUGGAUAUUACAUAAAAAUCGAAGAGAAAUCUAAUUAA